AUGCAUUUCGCGUUUCCGCCUCGGAAAACCUCACAUCCUCCUCCGUACGCCCUGCGCCAGACUAGAUCACCUCUUCUACGGAGGAGCAGGCUCCAACUCAUCGCUCUCGUCGCUCUCGGCUGCAUCGCCGGCCUCUACAUGCUGUCCAAGCUCUUCGGUUCCUCCUCCAUCACCGAAGCCAUACCCGCCGGCACAUCACCCGUCGUCAUAGUCACCACCCUGGACAAGAACAAGGGCGAUGCCUUCAACGAGAAGAUAAAACAGAACCGGAAAGCUUAUGCCGCGCGACACGGCUACGCGACCUUCUUCCCCCACACCUCCGACUACCCCCUCGGCGAUUCUCCGCACUCCUGGUCCAAAGUUCCCUCCAUGCGCCACGCCAUGGCUCUCCACCCCCACUCGACCCACUUCCUUUAUCUUUCCCCGCUCGCCCUCAUCAUGAAUCCUUCCCUCCCGCUGGAUUCACACAUACUCUCGCCCUCGCGCUUAGAGAACCUCAUGAUCGUCGACCAGCCCGUCGUGCCGCCCGACAGCGUCAUCAAGACCUUUAGUCACCUCAAGGGCGACAGGAUCGACAUGGUGUUGACGCAGGACAAAGAAGGGCUCGGCAGUGAGAUCUUCAUACUCAGGAGAGGAGAGUGGGCGAAAUAUCUUCUGGACGCGUGGUUUGAUCCACUGUACCGGAGCUACAACUUCCAAAGGGCUGAAGGGCACGCGCUUGAGCAUAUCGUGCAGUGGCACGGCACGAUAUUGGCGAAGCUCGCGCUUGUCCCGCAGCGGAUUAUGAACUCAUACGUCAAGGACGAAAAGGGGAACAACCCCGGGGGUGUGUAUCAAGAAGGUGAUUUCGUGGCGCAUUUCUAUGGGUGCGACAAGGCGCCUAGGCACUGCGAGGAGGAAAUGGCGCCGUACUUCGCGAAGGUGGCCUCCUGA